AUGAAUGUAAUUGAAGAUCCUAUAUGUCAAUUUACGAUCACAAUAAAAGCAGCUGAAGCUUGCCCUCUUAAACGAGGUAUUACAGGUGGAACUAUUUUUAUUAUUAUAUUGUUUGUUUUAAUUAUGAUCUAUUUGGUUACUGGAAUUUUAUAUAAUCGAUUUAAACAAAACCAAACAGGCUUAGCACUUAUACCAAAUCUAAGUUUUUGGCUACUUAUAUGUGGAUUGUUUAUUAAUGGUUGCAAAUUCGCUUGGAGUUUUUUUCGUAAUUGUGGUCAAGGAACAUCAUCAUCGCCAAAAGCAUACGAAUCUGUAUAG